GGUCGUGCACUUACUUCAAAGCGAGCAGUAGAAGUAGCAGCUUUCUUUUUUGAUAUUUUUACUAUAUUCAGACUACUACUAAUUCUUCAAUCUGAUAAUGGAAAAGAAUUUGUUUCUUUAGUAAUCGUUAAAUUAGUUUAUUUAUGGCCCACGAUUCAAAUCAUUAAUGGCAGAUCUAGAUAUUCUGCAAGUCAAGACCUUGCAGAAAGAGCAAAUGGGAUUCUUGAAAUAAAGUUAGAAAAGUGGAUAGAUAAUAAUAAUAGUCAGGAUUGGUUAUUCAGAUUGAGAUUUGUAAUUUAUACAAUGAACAACUUAAUUUGUAGAGCAUAUAAUAAAAUACCUUAUGAGCUUGUAUUUGGUGGAUUACUAUAUAGACAUUCUGCAGUACUUGAUCACUUGUUUGAAACAAGUAUUUUCUUAGAAGAUGAAAUCCCAAAUAAAUUUGGGUUAAAAAAUAUUCAAGAGUUAAUUAAUAGUUUAGAUGAUUUAAUUAAUAAUAUCAAUAAUGAGAUAAAACUAUUAAGCAUACAAGAAUAUCCAGAUUUGGAUUAUAUUUCAUCAGAUUAUAUAUUUGUUAGAAAAGCAGCACAAAGUCAAAGUACUA